GCUGAUCUCCUCAAAAAACAUAAACAAAGUUUAAUAAUAUUAGGAAUGUUUUAGUUGUCAGGUUGCCAGUUUCGAAAGAGUACAAACAACUUUAUAAAAUAAAGUGAAAAAUGUUGCUGGCGGGAAAGCUGUUGGCAGGAGCUUUUCCUCGCAACCCCUUUCGCUUGUUGCACCUCAAACGCAAAGAGGUUUAUAUGGAGUGCUUUCGCAUCCUGGGCGUUCACGAGUCGGCGGAUCAGAACACGGUGCGACAUGCCUACUUGGAUCUGGUGAAGCGGGUGCAUCCGGAUUCCGGGACCGAAGAGGCCAGUGCCGAGCGUUUCCAGCAGGUGGAUGAGGCCUUUCGCGUUUUGCAAGAGAAGUUCGCCAAAGGCAGGCGCAACAUCCAAGAGGAUGAGGAGGAGGCCAUGGAGUUCGACAUCAAGCACACGGCGCCGCAGCACCGACAAUAUCUGUCCAACGAGGGCAUCGGCAUAGGCAAUCCCUUCCAGAGGCAGAAGCAAUACCAGCAGGUGCGCGCCAUGAAGGCCCAGGAGCGCGUUUUGGAGCACCGCAUCGACAAGGCUGCGGCCGGGGAAAAAACCCUGAUGUCGAAGGGAGGCAAUCACUUUCGCAAGCAUGCCAUCAAGACCAAAUACGGCAUCGAUCGCGUGGUCGAGGAUCUAAUCCAGGAGGCCAUGUCCAAGGGCGAUUUUAACAAUCUCAACGGAUCCGGCAAACCACUGUCCUCAGCUCAGUCGCAGAAUCCAUAUCUGGAUUUCACCACCCACAAGCUGAACAAGAUUAUGCUGGACAACGGAUUCACGCCGGAGUGGAUCAGUCUUGGCAAGGACAUUCGAGAUGCGGUUUCCCAGUUAAAGAAGGAGCUGCGCCAAGAGCGCAUCUACUAUGGGGAAUGGCCACUGCAACGCUCCGAGGAUCUUAAUGCCUGGCAAAGGUUUACCCAACAGCACCAGGAGGACGUCCAACAAUUGAACAAGCUCAUCGACAAGUACAACCUGAUAGUGCCCAUCCUGGAGAACCAGUUCUUUCGCCUGCAUCUGGACAGGAUGGCAGAACCUAUAUUUAAGGAUCCGGGCUUGCAGCGUAACGUUACCCGCCCGGAAGUGAAAUUUAAAGCCAAGAGUAGUAUAGAAAAUCAGGGAAGUACGAGUACAAGUCUGUUUUCACUAAUCAGCAAACUGUUGUAAUGGAAAAUUUGUGAUUGUCAGAAAUGUGAUAUUAGGUUCCCAAGGGAAGUAGAGAAAAAUGUAGUUAAUUUGUGAUUAAAUUGAAAGGAUUAUAUGGUAUUGUUUUUGUACCUGCAAGGGCUAAUUGAGCACUAGUUUUUUAAAGCCAUUGAGGUCUAAAUAGUGCAAUUAGAGUUCUUAUUUUUGUUAAAAAAAAACAAAUUUUAAACUCAACAGAAACCACAAAUACCUUCUAAACAUAUUCUUAAAAAUUGUCGUUUUAAAUAAAGGUUAUUAAAAUAUAAA